UAUAUGACAGUAAACAGGCUUGGAUUCGAUUAACCUGAAAGAGAACAAGUCCAUUUCUUUCCCCCUAUUUACAGAAGUACGAAACUCCAUUGUUGAGCUUGGCAAUGCUUUUUUUUUUUUUUUUUCUUCCAUUAAUUCUUGAAAAUUAAACCAAAUUCUACAAACAGAAGUACAAAAAUCAGAAUUUAUUCGAGUAAUUACUGGGUUUCAGGAAAUAAGGAAAUCAUGAAAGGGGCAUUGAAGAUCAAUAGUUUUGUUAACAAUUGGAGAAAUGUGGGAAUUAGGGGUUUAUCAGCAUUGGCUGGAAACGGAAAAGGGCUGCAAAUAUCAGGGGUUAAGGAUAUUAUAGCUGUGGCUUCUGGUAAAGGUGGAGUUGGCAAGUCAACCACUGCAGUUAAUUUGGCUGUUGCCCUUGCUAAUAGAUGUCAGCUUGCUGUUGGUCUGCUUGAUGCUGAUGUCUAUGGACCUUCUAUCCCUACAAUGAUGAAGAUUCAUGGAAAGCCAGAAGCCACCGAGGAUUUGAAGAUGAUUCCCAAGGAAAACUAUGGAGUAAAGUGCAUGUCAAUGGGAUUGCUUGUGGAAAAGGAUGCACCAAUUGUUUGGAGAGGUCCCAUGGUAAUGAGUGCUCUAGAGAAAAUGGCCAAAGGAGUUGAUUGGGGGAAGCUUGACAUUCUUGUGGUUGACAUGCCACCUGGAACUGGUGAUGCUCAGCUGACUAUUUCUCAGCGGCUGCAAUUAUCAGGUGCUAUAAUUGUCUCCACUCCUCAAGAUAUUGCAUUACUUGAUGCUAGAAGAGGUGCUCACAUGUUCUCCAAAGUCAAUGUUCCGGUUAUAGGAAUCAUUGAAAACAUGAGCUGCUUUAUGUGUCCUCACUGUAGCCAACCUUCAUUUAUCUUUGGGGAAGGAGGAGCAAGGAGGACAGGAUCUGAACUGUCUCUUGAAUUUCUUGGUGAUAUACCCAUAGAGAUGGACAUUAGAACUUGCUGUGAUGAUGGUGUCCCUAUUGUAAUAUCGUCACCAGAUUCAACCAGUGCCAGAAGAUACACUGAUGUGGCUCAGAAGGUUAUAAAGCGACUAGAGGAAAUUUCAGAGAAGCAAUUUAGCCCUGAAAUUUCACUAUGAUUUUCAGGACUUGCAAGACUACACAGAGAAAUUUCCAGUACCUUGUACCUUUCUGAGGAAAAAAGAGAGGUAGACCUUGUAGUCUCAAUAGUAUUUUUGUGCAGUCAGAAAAUUCUAAGAUCAGGGUCUGCAUGUAAUCAAGUCCUCUUGUAUGGUAACUAUGGUCUGCAUGUAAUCAAGUCCUCUUGUAUGGUAACUAUGGUCUGCAUGUAAUCAAGUCCUCUUGUAUGGUAACUAGCAAUUACCCCUCCGGUUUUUAAUUGUCUCUGUAUUUACUUUUCAAGUUUUGUUAAAACGCCUUCUAUUUACCUGAGUAUUUAAGUGUUCAGCCACAAUUGUUCCAGAUUGCUGCCCUUUAUAGCUCGAUACAAUUUCCUUUUUGGCUACCUCA